AUGGCCCCGACAAACGAUAUCGUCACUCUUGCGGCUUCGCUGGCUGCCACGACCGAAAAUCUCACCAUGUCUGCGGCCAUCCGCCCAACACCAUCAUUCAUUAUUCUCGCAGCACAGACAGCUCUGCAAGCGCCCACCAUCACUACCAACCCUACACCCUUACCCUCGCAAUCGGAACGCAAGCAUCUUUCGACUGGCGCAAUCGCGGGACUCGCCACUGUCAGCGUCGCCGCAUUCCUCUCCAUCUGCGCUCUUACGAUCAGCCUAUCUGUGAUGUUCUUCAACCGGAGGCGCUCGCGGCGCGCUCCAUCGAAGACGUACAUGCGUGAGCAGGGAAGGUUGGGGCCCGAGAGGGAGAUGCGUACAACUUUCGACGCGCCUGUAUCGGUGGAUCUACGGGGAUGGAAGCAUAGAAUGAACGACGAUAGCUCAUCUACGGGGACGGGUUCUACAGCAACGCUGGUCCAAGCCGCUCCCGGCAAGCAAGCACCAUCCCAACGCACGGAUGCGGGAAGAGGCCCUUCUAGUCCCGCUCUCUUCAGGAUGGAGAGGCCGCGCUCGGAAGAGAGGAAGAGCUUUCAGCUGAAGUGGGAGUCAAAGGGGCACAAGAAUCUGCCGCUCACGCCUCUUGACGAUGAUCUCCAACUAUCACGAUUCUCGGAGAUCAAGCUGUAA